AUGAUCGCCUCAUCCGUUGGAAAACAGUGCAGUGGAACCGGAUCGGAAGUCGUCAGUGCGACGGCACUCUUUGAGGAGUACUGUUCCUUAGGCAUUAAGCAGACGUCAGCGACUACAACAGCCUCGGAUGCCACCACAACAACUGGCGAUGGUAAUUCCUCAAAGACCAACACCGUUGCAACAUCUACAUCAGCUUCACAGGCAGAGAGUACCUCUUCUGCAUCCACAACUGCAUCAACGCCCGUAACCACAAAUACUUCGACUAUCGACAGUGUCCCACCAACAACUGUUUCCUCUAUUUCCGAGUCGACUUCAUCAACCACCGAAACAGCAACAAGCGACGCGGCCGGUUCUUCAAGCUCUAGUGCCAGCCUCGCAACCGGAGCGAAAGUUGCCAUCGGUAUCUGCGUCCCCCUGGCCAUAAUUGCUAUUGCGGCGGCUAUUUUCGUAUUCUUCCGAAGGCGCCGCGAGCCCAAGCCGAACGACCCAUACGGAGGAGUCAGACUGGAAAGCCGGGAAGAUGUCCAAGUGUACCACAAAUCAACCUCGGAGCCUGGCAGCACCUUUUACUCACCUUAUGAGACCCCUCUACAUUCAACCUCAACCUCAACGCCCCAAUUUCCCCCACUGCGGGAGCCGGCAAAAGCCUUCGAGAAGGCCGAGCUAGAUGGAACAUCUACCGCGGUCGGCCCAUCGGCGAACAAGUAUGAGCUUGAAUAA